AUGAUUUUCACCAGGAAAUACAAACCUGAAGCCAUUGAACCGCUUAGACUCUGGCGAGAAAAUAUAGAAUACGUCCAGUCAGUAAAAUAUUUGGGAGUCCACUUAGACACCAAACUGAAUUGGAAAACACAUCUCGAUAUAAAGAGAUUCAAAUUCUACGCCUCAUACUGGGCGUGUAGAAGAGCAAUGGGAAAAUCCUGGGGUAUUAAACUAAAUACUGCCCUAUGGAUAUACAAAGCGGUACCAAGGCUAACAUAUGCUGCUGUUGUUUGGUGGCCCAGAGUGAAAAAGAUGGAAUCAAAGAACCUACUAAAAAGCCUACAAGGUAUAUACUUGAGGGCUGCGGUAAGGACUAUGAGAACGACACCAACAGAAGCGCUGGAAGUGGCACUCUGCAUUCCACCUCUAAGAUUGACUGUCAUCAGCGCUGCCAAACUCACAGCAUAUAGAACAAGGUGUCAGGGGGAGUGGAGAGAUUUCGGAGUAGGUCAUACCAGGCUCGAGUUUUUUCACAAAUCUCCCUUUACUUUAAAGCAAGAUAGAAUAUCCAGAAUACGCCAUGUGAACAAGGCGUUCUCCAUAAACUUGACCACCAGGGCGGACUGGAAAAACAAAAAUCUUCAGAUCCAGCCGGGCACUUAUACGUGGUUUACUGAUGGAUCUGGAGCAAACGGCUGCUAUGGAGCAGGCAUCUACUGUCCAGGAUCAAAUCACAGAGAGUUUUUCUCUCUGGGUAAAUUGGCCACGGUCUUUCAAGCGGAAGUCCUGGCCAUUCUGGAAUGUGCAAGACUCCUACUCUCAAGAGAGACGAAAACUAGGAAGAUCAAUAUCUAUACGGAUAGCAAAAGCAGCCAUAGGAGCUCUUGUCAAGAACACCACUGA